CGCCCCCUCGUGGGCCCGCCUCCCGCCGCCCGCUGCCCGGUUCAUGAGCUGAAUCUUUCCCCGGGAGAGAACGAGGAAGAUGGCGGCGGACGAUCGCUCCCGGUCCGAAGCUGCUCGGCAGCGACGGCAGGAUCAGCUCCAGCGCUGGCUGGGCUCUGAAACGGACCGGACGGGGCUGGAGGCGCGGGGGGAGCGGUCCGCUGGGGGGGGCGGCGGCGGCGGCGGCGGUGGCGGUCAGCGGGCCCGGGUGCGCUUCGCCCAGGGAGCCGUGUUUAUGGCCGCCUGCUCCGCCGGGGACCGGGACGAGGUGUCAGCGCUGCUCCGCCAGGGAGCCGACAUCAACCACGCCAAUAUCGACGGGCUCACGGCGCUGCACCAGGCCUGCAUUGAUGAGAAUGCAGAGAUGGUCCAGUUCCUGGUAGAGAACGGGAGUGAGGUGAACCGGGCGGACAAUGAGGGCUGGACCCCCCUCCAUGCAGCUGCCUCCUGUGGGUUCCUCCAGAUCGCCAAGUUUUUGAUUGAGCAUGGUGCCUUGGUGGGAGUGGUCAACAGCGAGGGGGAGCUGCCCCUUGAUGUGGCCACAGAUGAAGCAAUGGAGAAGCUCCUCAAAGCUGAAAUAAAGAAGCAGGGAGUUGAUGUGGAGAGCGCGAGGCAAGAGGAGGAGAGGGUGAUGUUGCAGGAUGCUAUGGCAGUGCUGGCAGGACGUAGCACUCUGAGCCCCCACCCCAUCAUGGGGGCGACUGCACUCCAUGUGGCAGCUGCCAAAGGCUACACGGAAGUGAUGAAGGUGCUGCUGCAAUGUCAUCAGGAUGUGGACAGUAGGGACACGGAUGGCUGGACACCUCUACAUGCCGCUGCACACUGGGGCCAAGAGGAGGCCUGCACUCUGCUGGUGGAGAACAUGUGCGACAUGGGAGCCGUCAACAACGUGGGACAGACUCCGCUGGAUGUGGCUGAUGAGAAUUUGGUGGACACCCUGGAGGAGCUUCAGAAGAAGCAGAACUUGCUACGAAGUGAAAAACAGAAGGCCUCCCUAACGCCCAUCAUCGAGACCAACCCGUCCGUUUCCACAGCGCCGGCGCGCACACGCAGGACUUCAAUUUCUCGUAUGAGCAGCAAAGACAAAAUCAGCCUGCACGAGCGGGAGCGCCAUCCGCCUCCACCUCUGCAGACCGCACCCGCCGAAGACGAGGAGGAGGAGAGCCAAGGCAGCCCCCAGGGUCCCGCGGGGGCCUCCAGCAGCUCCAGCUCCGAAGAGGAGAGCGAGUCUGAAAGCGACACGGAAUCAGAGAAAGCGAAAACGCGUGAGAUCAUCAACAACCUCAACAACAAGCGCAACAGCGCGGCCCCCCCUGCAGCGUCCUCAGCAGCUGGCUCGGUGCCAAGCCAGGGUAAAAAGCUGGACCCUGGGAAGCCCCCUGCGGCAGAGGCUCCUGGUUCCUGGAGAACAUCCUUGCGGAAGCCGUCGAGCCUGGUGACACUGGGUGAGGCCAGCGAUGCCAGUCGCCCCGAGAGGACCUUGGGGAUGAGCCGCUCCGCAUCCAGCCCCAGGCUCAGCUCGGAGGCUGACAACAAAGAGCCCAGGCUUGCCCGCGUGCCCCCCACCCCGACACGCCGCCUUUUUACCAUCACGGACCUCUGCACACCAGCAGACCCCCCGACCAGCGGUCUGACCCGCAGUUCCUCCUACACGCGCCGCCUCAGCAGCCAAUCGGGGAGUGACGCGACAGGCCACGCCCCCAGCUUAACCCACAGCGCGUCCUACGGGAAGAAACUAGAUGACCCCACGAUGACGUCCCUAAGCACAGGAAACGCUCCGUCUGGCCUCAGUCGUCUCAACAACCUGGUGGCUCAGAGACUUGCUCAGGAACAAGCAGAUAAGAAAGAUGGACCUUCUACCACGACCUCGAAUGCAAUCGCUGCUACAACGGGCGAGCUGGAGACCAAGCAGCGGCGCAAGUCAUAUCUGACUCCUGUGAGGGACGAGGAGGCUGAAGCGCUGAGAAAAGCCCGUUCCAGACAUGCCCGGCAGUCUCGCAGGUCAACUCAGGGCGUAACACUAACAGACCUGCAGGAGGCCGAGAAGACGAUGAAGACGGAACAGAAGGAACGGGAGAAGAAGAGGGAGGAAGAUGAGAGGGAUGCGAAGCAGAAGAAAGCAGAGGAGGGGGAGGUGAGCUGGAGAUCCCGCAUUGCCAACCUGCAGAAGUCGGACCUGCUGGGACUCACCACCCCCGCUGGUGCCCCACGGCCCAACACCAUUGAUGGGAGAGAUGCCCCGGAGGUGGGUGCCGGGGAGGCCGAGGACAGGGCCAGCAGGGAGCGGAGGAGGGUGCGGGCUCACCGGAGGGCAGCGCUACGGACCGGUGAGAAUGACGACAACGAGCUCAGUGGAGAAGAGGCGGCGGACGGUGGAGGACCGGACCCCCAAAUGCAGACUUCCAGGCACAGCAGCAGGUCUGAUGUGCCUGUGAACGACAGCAUUGUUAGUCGUGGCUCUGAAAUGAAGGACUUCAAGCGGAUGUUUGAAGAGGUGUCUUUAGAGAACAGCCGUCUUCAGUCUCAGCUCCAGGAAACCCAGCGGACCGUGAGCCAGACCCGAGCUGACCUGGACAAGGCCACGCAGAGACAGGAGCGCUUCAGCGACUGCUCUGCCCUCCUGGAGCUGGAGAAAAAGGAACGGAGACUGUUGGAACGGCGCGUGGCCGAGUUGGAGGACGAGCUGAAGGUACUCGGCGACCUGAGAGCGGACAACCAGCGCCUGAAGGACGAGAACGGCGCCCUGAUUCGCGUCAUCAGCAAACUGUCCAAAUAGAGCGGGGAGGGAGGGGGGAAGGGAGGGAGUGAACAUACCUGCUGAGAGCCCCUCCCCCCUUCCCUCCCCCUCCUCCCCCUCCCCCGACCCCAUACCAGUGCCAAAGAGGAGGAUGGAAAGGAGAGAACACAGUUAAAAGAAUGUUACCCUCUAAACGCACCUUUACCUGGUGCCUGCACCUCAGUUUUACCCGCCAAGGAUACGACCGGUCUGCUCGGAGCCGUGGUCAAGCCGGUCGGGUUCAGCAGCAGCAGGUUGUCCACACUGCCGCACUCCUUGAGGACAGGCGGUCCUGACCAAUAAAGGGAAGACAAAGAGCACACCUUUGGAAACAGGUAUCCAACAAUAUCACACAGAUACUGGACAGUCAGCCAACAUACAAUACUUCAGUGCGAAACACACCUCACCGUCCCGUCCCGUCCCGUCCCCUCAUCAGCACCGAGCAGCCUGGACCAAGUUAGUACAGAGGCUGUUCUCAGAGGACUGUAUGACCUCACCUGCCAUACCUGACACCGUUAUGAACUUGUCCCACACCUGGACACUUGCAGCAUCCUUUGUGUUUCUACUGCCAUCUUAUCAGAUCUGUCCUGCCAGUCAGGUCUCACACGUCUCACCUUUGUUUCCAUAGCUGGCAAGACAUUCCACGCGCCUCCAGUCCACACACCUGAUCACAAGACAUUCCUGUCCACACACCCGAUUAGAGACACUCCUGGACAGUUGACACCUAACACCAUGCGAAACCCACCUGUGUACCCGUGAACACAUUCCGCACACUCGUACCUCUGCAAACUCCUGUUUUGUUCCACAGACCUUCACAUGUGCACUGCACGGUCUGGACUAACCACAUCACACUCCGCACACCUGUCUGACGACGGACACACUCCGCACACCCGUCCGACGCACGUGUGCUCUCUGGAGUUCCACAUGUGGUCCAGUUUCACGCUACCCAGGAUGCUUCUGGAAUGAGUGCUGUUCCUUCCUGUUACCACAGCUCCCCAGGAAGCUGCAAAGGAGCCAAAGGAGUCGGUCCACCUCCUUCCCGAGAGCGGGAGGUUAAUGGUUUAUUGCACAAUACACAAAUAGCUGUUUUUUGAAACACUAUUAUGCAGUGUAUUUUGUUACUAUUGUUAUUAUGGUUAUGAAUAUUAUUAUUAUUAUAUUGAUGUUUUGUUUUUAUUGUUCAACACAGAUGUCCGUUCCCUCGACCCUAGCAGGGGAAGUGUGGUAUGUGUAUAAAAAUGAUUAUCAUUUGAAGCGAUAACCUUGUGAAAUGAAUAAUUUUAUUACUCCCCUCUACCCACACACGUAGGUUUUCUAAUAUAUUGAACCUUUGUCAGCA